AUGUUGAAAGUUGAGGUGAAUGACGAUGGUAAAGAAAUUCUUGUUGGUGAUAGGACUGACACAGAUAGUUUGAUACAUGUUAUCGAUCGUGUUGAUUCGUUUCCUGUUGAUUAUCAACUUCACACCAAUUUUAGAGAAAAUGUGUACUUUUUGUUAAGUCAUGAUAAGAGAAGUAAAUUAGGAUUUGUUUUGAGAUUUGUUGUCGAGGAAAUGAAAAGGGUUGAUUUAGGUUUAUUUAAUGGAAUAUUCGAAGAGAUGCAAUAUCAUGAAGGUGAUGAAAGAGUAAAAUUAAUGGGACUGAGGUUCAAAGAUGAACAAUUUCAUGAACGAAAUGCAAAAUCAGAUCAAUUGGCACAGAUUCUGUACAGAAAAUCAGAUCUAGAAGAAAUAAAGGGUUGGCGUAAUGAAAAAUAUACUGUGUAUCAAAAUUCGAAACCAUAUAUAUUGAUUGAGAGAUCUAUGGCAGGACUGCUGGGUAUUCUGACUAGUGGUAUCCAUGUCAACGGUUACACGUAUGACAAACUUACCAGACAGAUCAAAUUUUGGAUUCCAAGAAGAUCGAAAACAAAACCAACUUGGCCUUAUAUGUUAGAUAACAUUAUUGCUGGAGGGAUUUCUUAUCCAUAUUCAGUCCAUGAAACAGUGCAUAAGGAGGCUGUAGAGGAAGCAAAUUUGGAUGGAAAAAUCAUUGAGAGAUAUUUAAUACCAACUGGAUAUCUAUCGUACAUGCACUAUCAGGGUGAUUUCUUUAGUGAUAGUUUCCAGAGUGAGAAGAGUUUUAUCGUUGGAGAACAUGAAUAUAUAUACGAUUUGGAACUCCCAGAAGAUGUGAUUCCUACUCCCAAUGACGGUGAGGUCGAUAGCUUUAAUCUUCUCACUUUGCAAGAAAUAUUAGAUGCCUUAUACAAUAACCAAUUUAAACCUAACUGUGGACUUGUUAUGGUAGAUUUUUUGAUACGUCAUGGAUAUCUUAACACUGAAAAUGAAGUAAAUUACGAAAAGAUUAUAAGAAAGAUGCAUCGUAAAUUAAUAUACGAAUCAGAAUAA